AUGAACUUUUUUAGGAAGUCUAUAUGCUCAGUUUGUAACUCCUGCAAAUGCUGCUGUGAAAAAGAAGAAAUAAAAAUCACUGAGAGGACGUACACGUACAACGAACUGGACGCACUCUGCAGUAAGGAGGAACCCAUCACUUUCCCCUGUAUACCAACGGAACGCAUCGUAUUAAAUUCGUUCGACAAUCCGCCUCUGUACUACCAUCAGAUAGACAGCGAGUUUUACGCAAAGAAUAUUUUGUACGACGUGCCCCUCAUAAGUUACGCGCAGGGUCCCUUUUACGAAAAAAUGCCUGACUUAAAAGAUAAUGAGAAGUAUCAAUUGCCGACCAUCAGUUAUGUAUCCGAUCCGGUGUACCUCCGACGGAGGCAGAAGUGCGCCCUGUCCGAUAUCACAAAAUCUAUUUGUUGCGACUCGUGCAAGUGCAAAUGCAGCUAG